GUUAUUUUUUGAUAUCUCAGAAAUGGAAGAUCUCCUUCCUCCGAUUUUGCUUUCAAUUCCUAAAGUUUAAGAAAUUCUUCAGAGAAUGUCUUCCUUUUUCCUAUUUUAGAGUGAAUUCAAAUCUCAAAAUCUUCGUCGAUAUAGCAUACAAAAUCUCGUACUAUUGCUCGUAUUAUCAGGUGAUCGGAGUUGAAUCCUGACGGCGGAGAUUUGACGACAUAGCUAGGUUUCUUCAACAUUUCCGUAAAUUCCUUCAGGUUCCGUCGAGUAUUUGAAUCUAAUUUCACACAAAGUUUUAUCGAGUUUUAUAUAACUGAGAGUUAGCGGUUUUAGAUUUAGAGAAAAUGGUGAGAUUUGAUUGAAUAUCAGUUUGAAUGGAGGAGUUUUGCGAGAAUAGCCAGCUAGAAGAAGUAGAUCUUCCUUCUGGUUACAAGUUCAAACCUACUAGUGUGGAGUUGGUGGUUUAUUAUCUGAAGAGGAAGAUAAUGGGAGUCUUGGGAGACAAACUUCAGGCUAAUACCAUUCCUACAACUGACGUUUACGCCUGCAAUCCACAACAUCUUCCAUUUGAUCUUUUCACGCAUGGAAAACCUGAUAUAUGGUUCUUCUUUUCCAAAAGAAGAAAAGGCAAAAUACUAACAAGUGAUGGCUACUAUGAUCUUGUACCUUGUGAUCGUGAAGCAAUAUAUGAAGAGACUUACAAUGAUGGUUCAAGAAAGAGAAAGCUUGUUGGUUUUAUGAGAAAACUUCACUACCACGAUGGAAAGCCACCUAAAGGAGUACAAUCUAGGUGGGUUGUUGAAGAAUUUAGAGUUAAUCCUGGUACAAUUGAUGGUGAAGAAGAUGACUACGCUACUAGACAAAAGGUUGCCAAUCUUGUUAUUUGCAAAGUUAUCUACAACAACCCUUCACCACCGGAAGACGAAGAGUGGUACGAGAUGCCUGAUGUUGAUAUUUGUGAAUAUGAUGACUUUGAGAAUGGGAUGAUUGAUGAAGAAGAAUGAUAAACAUUGAAAAAAUAUUGCAUGAACAUUGGUAAAUUCCUUUUCUUAAUUUGUAAAUAGCUUCUUUCUCAAUUUUGUUAAGCUGCUAGCAUGGAUAAUUCCAUUUGGUUGGGAUCUAAGGAUGAUUUUGUCUCUUCUUUUCAUUACUAAUGAUUUCAGUUGGCGUUUGAAGUCGAGUAUUUAACAGUCGUCUUUUGUUAUCGAUCACUUCAUGAUACCAAAUAAAUAAAGAAAGUAUCGU